AUGGUGAAGGAAGAUGGGCUUCGCUUAUUCCCCGGAGCAAAAAGUUCCGGUGAAAUUCCACGAGAGAUUGGAAAUCUUAUUGCAUUGGAAAUAUUUUCCGCAGUGUCUAUGCGUCUAAAUGGGCCAAUUCCACCUUCCCUCUUCAACAUGUCUUUUUUGAAAGAAAUUAAUCUCUCAAACAAUAGUUUGUCGGGUAAAUUAUCAAACGUGAGGUCUAUUCCAAAUCUUGAUGCGCUCUACCUAUGGCAAAAUUAUCUCACUGGAAAUAUUCCCGACUCUAUCUCCAAUGCUUCUAAUCUCAGAUCCAUAGAUAUGGGUGAAAACUCAUUCGAUGGUCAUAUUCCAAAUUCACUUGGCAAUUUAAGACUCCUCGAGGGGCUGCGACUUUGGUCAAACAAUUUGAGCAUCGGAACUUCGAGCUUUCUCUAUCCCUUGGCAAAUUGCAGGUAUCUAAGCGUUUUAGAGCUAUCGUGGAAUCCAUUGAAUGGAAUUAUUCUACCUUCUAUCACAAAUCUCUCUGCAUCACUUCAAUAUUUGAUUCUCCAUGAUUGCAAAAUUAAAGGCAACAUUCCUAUUGAAAUUGGUAACUUAAGCAACAUGAUACGUUUAGACCUUUCCUUGAAUGAAUUGAGUGGAUCUGUUCCAGCAACAAUAGGAAGGCUAAAAAAUCUCCAAGUUUUGGAACUUGAUGAUAAUAAAUUACAAGGGUCCCUCCCGUCAGAGCUUUGUGGUUUAAAGGAAUUGUGCAGAUUACUGUUAGCUGCUAAUGAGCUUGAUGGAUCUCUAUCGACAUGUUUGGGGGAUUUGACUUCUCUAAGACAUUUAUCCUUGUCCUUCAACAAAUUCCAUUCAGUAAUACCUUCAACCUUUUGGAGCCUUAAAGAUAUCUUAAAAGUAGACUUGUCAUCGAACUAUUUUAACGGUUCACUUCCACUUGACAUUGGAAAUUUGAAGGUACUGACAUAUUUGAAGUUGUCAAGGAAUUUAUUAUCAGGUAAUAUUCCGCCCACGAUUGGAAGUCUCAGUGAUCUACAAGCUCUUGCUCUUUCUAGUAAUAGACUACAAGGUCCUAUUCCUCAAUCAAUGGGUGACUUGAUGAGUUUAAAAACUUUGGAUUUAUCUAACAACAAUCUUUCUGGAGUCAUUCCCAAGUCAUUAGAAAGACUUUCCGAUCUAAACUAUUUUAAUGUGUCUUUCAAUAGAUUGGAAGGAGAAAUCCCUAGUGGAGGACCCUUUGUGAACUUCACAGCCAAAUCAUUCGCCAAAAAUUAUGCAUUCUGUGGUUCACCUAGGCUGCAAGUCCCACCUUGCAAAAAUAGCAUUCAUAUGCAAUCCAAGAAGACCAUUGUGCACGUUUUGACAUAUGUUUCAUCGGCAAUUGCUUCAAUGAUAACAAUUGCAGCCUUCAUUAUUGUCUGCAAAAAAAGGCAGAACAGGAAUGCAGUUUUGGGGACUAAUGGAUUUAACGAACACAACUUGCUUGGUUCAGGAAGUUUUGGCACUGUAUACAAAGGGAUCCUUCCAGAUGGGACAAAUGUUGCAAUUAAAGUUUUCAAUUUGCAAAUAGAUGGAGCAUUUAGAAGUUUUGACAUAGAAUGUGAAGUGAUGCGCAAUAUCCUUCAUCGCAAUCUUGUCAAAGUUGUUACUAGUUGUUCUAAUAUAGACUUCAAAGCCCUAGUGCUUGAAUUUGUGCCUAAUGGUAGCCUUGAGAAAUGGUUGUAUUCUUACAAUUAUUUUUUGGAUAUCUUACAAAGAAUCAACAUAAUGGUAGAUGUUGCAUCAGCACUAGAGUACCUCCAUUUGGGACAUCCAUUACCUGUAGUCCAUUGUGACUUAAAACCAAGUAAUGUCUUAUUAGACGAAGACAUGGUAGCACAUGUGGGAGAUUUUGGUAUUGCCAAACUGUUGGGAGAGGAAGAUUGUGUGAAACAAACCAUGACACUUGCCACUAUUGGCUAUAUGGCACCAGAAUAUGGAUCAGCAGGAAUUAUUUCUACAAAAAGUGAUGUGUACAGCUAUGGUAUUUUAUUAAUGGAAAUUUUCACAAGAAAGAGGCCAACAGAUGAAAUUUUUGUGGCAGAAAUGAGUAUGAGGCAUUGGAUGAAAAUGUCACUAUCUAACGGAAUAAUUGAUGUAGCAGAUUCCAAUUUAGUGCAUAAAGAAGAUGAAUAUUUUGUUGUUAAAGCAAAUUGUAUAUCAUCAAUUAUGGAAUUAGCUUUGGAUUGUUCAUCCGAGUUACCAGAAGACAGGAUAGAUAUGAAGGAUGUUACCAAAGGCAGUACUGAUACGUAUUUUAGGUCCAAAAUGAAGGUUCUGGAACAAAAGGAUCAAAAGUCAAAACCUUCCACGCCCCAUGCUGGAUUUACAGUAUCUGUAGCAAGCUUUAAGCCUAUUCCCCAAGCAGAAUUCAAGCUCUGCAGUUAUAAGGAUACUGCAAAUGCAGCUAGAGACCAGGCAAUAAAUGCUACUCAAUCAGCUCAAGAGUCUGCUCAGCAAGAACAGUAA